AUGCCGCCAAAGAAGGAGCUUUCAUCUUCAGUACACCAGAUGCCCCACGAGAGGCAGGUGGAACUUCUGUCGGAAGCCCUACUGAGAGAGUACAUGCAUAAGCGUAAGUUUGCAGAGACGUUACGCGCCUUUGACGAGGAAAAUCCUCGAGAUAGUGAUACAAUUUCUUCACGUGCAUUAAUGUCAGACCUUAUGGCACUGAAACCAGAGACACAGCGUCUCUUGAAGGCUGAUGGAGUAGAGACUAUCAUGGAGAUGCUUUGUUAUCUCCGUGUCAAACGACGUUUAGAACUGGAGGAAUUAAAACGACAAGCAUCAGUUGAACCUCCUCCAACACCAGAGAAGGCAAAAAAAAAGAGUAAGGAUAAGAAAAAAUCAUCAACUAAACACUCAUCUGAAGGUUCAUUGCGACAUGAACGGUCAAAGCACGAUAACUCCGGUAGAGAGAAGAAAUCUUUAUCUAGUAACAGGAGCAGCAAUAGUGAUAGCAGUAGUGAAAGUGAAGUGGCGAGUGAUCGGGGAUCUAGUGGGUCAUUUGAUCAUAAAAGGGACUCUUCAGUGGGAAGAGGACUGGCUCGAUCAAUAAUAAAGUUACUUUGUGGUGAAAACGAGAUUCCCACAUCCUUUCUUAAACAGGGUUUCGUUUUUGAUGAAGACGUGGAGUACGGCCUUAUUGAAUGGGAUAGGGGCCCUGAAGGAAUUAUUGCAGUGGUGCAAGCCUAUAUUUGCGCCUUUUUUUUUAAAGGGGGGUUCGUCGACAUUAAACGGCAUCAGCAGCAAUGUCUUCAGAGAGCCCUCAUGACGCUCCUUUCAAGUGCCCAACCUGAUCCGUCUCAUGUUUGUCUCGUAAAUGGAUCUAUAAGAGAGAAUGAAGUAAACAAUGACUUAAAACAUUUAAUCCUCUGGCGUGAUUUUGCGACCGCAGAAGAUAUUGAACAAAAACUUCACUCAGUUUUGGAGGAUUGGAUGGAACCUAGAGGAUCAGGUGUUUUCUGUUUCUUUCUCUCUGUGUUAUUGUCUCGUGGCAUCAAGAAGGUUGCCACAACCAUGAGUUCUGCAAAUGGUCAAUUGAUCAAUAGCGAAGGUUGUUGUUCCUCAGACGUGGCUAAGAUUCUCUUGCAUGGUGAGGAAGAUACAACUUCUUCUUCUUAUUUGUUGCAAGAGUUGACUAUGGGUGGAAGCACAGUGGGAAUGUCUUGCGGUUAUGUUUCGACUGGUCAAGAUGAUACAAGCUUAAAUGAGGUGGGCGCAAAGACACCACGCUACCCUGUAUGGGUAGUGCACCACCAAAGCCGUUUUGCGGUUCUUUUUCUCAAGAGAGACACCCGUCGUCAGUUUGAGCAAAAUGAGCGAAUGGGGAUGCCUGCGUUUUGUGAUAUAUUUUUCUACGAGCCAGGCGCACCGAAGCGAGACGAGAGGUUCCUUUCCGUAUCCUCCACUGCCCAAUCUCCUGAGGUUGGUGGGAGCAAUGAGGAGAACUCUUCAUUUCUCUAUGCUGCAGUCCGUAAAAUUCCCUUAUGGUGCGAUGGAGAAAUUGACUGGAAUGGUUUUAAACCGGUCUUUUGA